AUGACCCUCUGUAAGCGGGUCACCGAAGAAAAACGAGCAACCCAUUCUUUGUCGUUGACAUGUGACGUAGCAUCUAAAUUAGUUAGAGUUUUCGGACCCAUUUCUUUAACCUCCGGGAGUAGGGAUGAUAGAAUUGGUUCGAAAAAUAUAACCGGCCACUCGCAUUCUGGCAAUGUCAGGAAUGGCGGACCGUUCCAAUAUAAUUUGUUCGUUAUCGCUUCUGAUGGAAACAAACCGUGA